CGAGUUGUCUCAUCGUUACUUCCGGUUUGACAGACAGACGUGUACCAUUGAAUAACUAGAAAGUUCACUGACGUAAACAUGCCUGGAAUGCAAUUUGAAUACGAUGAAGAAGGAGGAACCUUCUUCUACUUUUUGUUUUCUAUUUGGGGACUUGUUCUCAUUCCCACUACGUAUUAUUUUUGGCCCAGGAAACCUGUAGACGAUGAAAAAGGAAAAAAGAGACGGGAGUGUAAUUGUGAUCCUUGUGUUAUAAAACGACAUCAUCUAAAGUCCAGUACAAAAUGGACCAAAAUGAAAGAGAAAAUAUUGAAAGCUGCAUUUAUAAUAGCCUGGAUAAUAUUUGCCCUCCUGGCAUACAAGGUUUCCCAGAUCCACAUUGAAUACCAGGAGUAUGAUCCGUACGGAGAACUGGGACUGGAUGUUGGAGCCACAAAAGAAGAAAUAAAGAAGGCGUACAAGAAACUCAGUUUGAAGUACCAUCCAGACAAACCCACAGGAGACCACAAAAAGUUCAUGAAAAUCGCAAAGGCUUAUACCGCAUUGACAGACGAAGAAACAAGGAAGAUUUGGGAGGAGAGUGGUGACCCUGAUGGACCAGGAGUCACAAGAUUUGGUAUAGCCCUGCCUAAGUGGAUCGUGGAGAAGCAGAAUUCUAUGUGGGUGCUGUUGGUGUACGGCCUGUUGUUUAUGGUCCUGUUACCGGUGGUUGUGGGUGUGUGGUGGUACCGCUCCAUCAAGUUCUCCAAGGACCAGGUUCUGUUAGACACCACCAGGCUGUACUACUAUUUCUUCCAGAAAAACCCAAACAUGAUUCUCAAACGAGUGAUAAUGGUUCUGGCUGGAUCUUUUGAGUUUGAUAAAUUCCACAAUGCAGAGAUCAUUGAGAGACCAAGUGACAAUGAAGAAGUCCCUAUGCUCAUUAAACGGUUGCCGAAUCUGGAUGAGAAGAAUAAGGAGAAGCCCCUGUGUUAUCCUUACAGUGUCAAGGCCAGGGCUCUCCUCCAUGCUCACUUCCAGAGACUUGACCUACCCCCCGACACACUGGCUGUUGACCAAGUCUUUGUGGUGAAGAAGUGUCCUUACCUGAUCAAUGAAAUGGUGAAUGUGAUUGCACAGCUUGUGGCUGGAGCUCACAGAAAUGCGGUUCAGUACAUGCCACGGCUGGAGACUGUGGAGAACUGUAUGAAACUGUCCCAGAUGUUGAUACAGGGCGUGGACCAGAGAACCAGUCCUCUCUUACAGCUGCCUCACCUCACACAGGACAUGCUGAAACACUUCACCACCAAAAAGAGACAUAUUCAGAGAAUUCGUGAUUUGAUUGGCAUGAAGGAGGAAGAUCGACGCUCACUUCUACGACAUAUGACAUCAGAUGAAUAUCGUGACAUCAUCAACGUCUGUGCAUCGCUACCAUACGUUAAGAUGGAAGUUCACUCAACAGUUUUGGAUGACGAGGACACUACAAUCACCGCUGGCUCUAUUGUAACGGUUAAUGUGACCUUGACACGACAGAUGAUGGAGGUGCUAUUUGACAAGGAAGAUCUGUCUCAUGCUGAUGAGGAACGCGAGAGUUUGGCCAUUACCAGCGAGGAAACGGAUGCCAAUAAAGAGCAGCAGGAAAAUGAGACUGAAGAAAAUAACGAAGCAAACCAGAAAAAUCCAGUCUGGCAGAAACCGAAGAAACAGGCCAAGAAAAAGGGAGGCAAUCAAAAGAGCAAAAAGGUCAAACAGGUGUACAAUUGGAAGGUCGCCGCAGCAGCACACGCAGCAUCAAGCGAGAAGAAGGAGACAAAGGUGGAGGCUGAAAAACAGGGUAACGACUUGGCAAUCAGAGAUGAAGAGGAGCGAGAGGAAAAUGAAAAUGACUCCGAGAGGGCUGAAACUGACGAGGAGACCAAUGCAUCAGAUGGUGAAGACCGAGCGACAGACAAACAGGAAUCCACAGCAACACACGAGGAGGACGAGGAGCAAUGGAAGAGGUAUCAGGAGGAGGCCAAGAAAGAACAGCAGCUGGACACCAAGGUCAAGGAGAGUCACCCCGUCCACUGUCCGUACUACGGCGAGGAGAAGCAGGAGGGAUGGUGGUUGUAUGUCUGUGAUAAGAGGUCCCACAUGUUGAUUACAGCCCCUGUACAGAUCCUGACCCUUAAAGAUACAGAAGAGUUGACCCUGAAGUUCUCCGCCCCCCUGAAGCCUGGAUUAUAUGCCUAUACUGUGAUGCUUAGAUCAGACUGUUACGUCGAUUUUGACCAGUCCAAGAAUAUCAGGCUGGAUGUGAAGGAAGCGAAGGUGGUGGAAGACCAUCCCCAGUGGAACAUCUCGGACGACGAAGACAAGGAUAAGGACGACGACACGGACUCGGACUAUUCUACGGAGAUGGAGGAUUCGGACGAUGACUGAGAGAAGUCAUACAGUAAUUGAAGACGUUGAUGAGGAGGAAUUUUAAAGUUGUGUCAAAUUAAGAAAUUCUGUUAGUGUCGUAUCGAUGGCAAAACACAAUGUGUUUUAAGGGGAGAGCACCAUGGUCGUAAAAUUGUUCAAAUUUUCACUGGAAGAUGUCAUUGUAGGCUAAAACUGUGAUAAGAAAGAGUAUGAAGAAUGAAGAAUUGUCAGUCAUUCAGAUGACAUUGUGUUUGAGGAGGAGAGCUAUCAGGCAGGAGAUUUAUUGAAAUUGUGGACAUUUUGUAUCAGUAUUGUAUUUUGUCUUUACAUAUGUGUGUUUGGUUUGUGCCAUUUUCUUUGUAAGUUCAUUGUCAGAAUUUGUUGUCUUGUUAUAUAGAAUUUUAUUUUCAUUGGCAGUGUAGUCCUCAGAAAAAAAAGUUAUGUAAACAUGGUGCUCUCCUUUUUAAUCAUAGUGUCAGCUGAACAAGCCACAAGCUGUGAAAUAAAAAUGAAUUGUGGUCACUUGUGGCGAGUUGAUGUUGUGAACCAGUUUUCUACUUGUUCAUGUACUGUAAAUGUCUGUUCACACAAAACAUUUGUUCACAGGAGCUAGGUUUUACUCAGCAAUAUACAUGUACACUGAUCAUUAAAGAUAGGCAUACACACCAAUGGCUGUCUGUUUGAAUAGUGCAAAGUACAUCGUCCAUCGAAAUAAUUAAGUGAUAUGAUGAAAUUUAUUAAUAUAUUUACAUUAAUAACAUCAAUUUUUCAGAACUGAUUACUUGAAGCAACAUUGUUCUAAAUCUUUGAAAACUACUGCAUUUAAACUUUCAUUGGAAUAUUUUAUAAGUUUCUUGGUCUCUUAUUUUAGCUAAGGGUCAUUAACUAUAUAUGUAUUUUAAAUAUGAUUUAUUAUUUACUAGUCAUGUGUAUGCAUGUUGAUGUUAUUUUUCUUCCAGAACAUGUUUUCAUGACAGGUUAUGUUUGAACAAUUUUGUGACAAAAUAUUAUGGCUUUUUUUAUUAUUAUUAUUAUACAAUAUCACAGAUUAAGGAGGAACAACACACUAGAAAAAUUUGAUGUGGAUGGAAAGUGUGGGAUAUGUACAAUGAUAUUUUGAAAUUGAAAAAUUUCAAAUUUACUUCAUUUAGUGAAGAAAUACAGUUUUAGUAGCAAGUGAUCUGUAAAAAUAUUUUAAAGACCGCUGCUAGACUUGAACUCGUGAACUACAGAUCAGCAGUCAGCACGUAAAUCGACUGAGCUGCCUGGCUCUCGGCAGUUAGAUUUAUACUACAGAUCAGCAGUCAACACAUAAAUCGACUGAGCUGCCUGGCUCUCAGCAAUUAGAUUUAUGUAUUGCUGAUAUUGAUAUUUUCAUUCAAGUUUCGAAACGAAGUCGACCAUUAUGAUGAUGUGUUGUUCCUCCUUAAAUGUCUUAUGUUGAAUAAGAAUUGAACCAGUGUGAAUGACUUUUCUCAGAAUGGACAACGGAUUCAAAUUAUGCAUUUUGUACGGAUUUCAAUGAACAGCUGACUAAGUGUUCAUAGACUGUGUUUAUCAUUAUGGUGGACAGUGUACAUGCAUGUGUAGAUAUUUCAUUGCUGAAAUCGAUUUCCUGGUUUUCCCGAGAUACAAUGUAUCGGAUUUACUUCUAGAGUUGGGGAAAAAUAAUCACCAUGUACGCACAUCAUGUUUGUUACACAGGGGUCACGUGAUCAUCUCCUGUCUCGUUCAUGUGCCGCUUCAAUCAAUCUCAAACAUGCACUCUAAUCGCAAUGGUAAAAAUACAAAGUUUUAUUUUUCUAUUGAAUAUCAUAGUUUAUUUGAUUGUCUUUUGUAUGGAAUUUCAUGUUAUGCAUGGUGACUGUAUGAUCAAAUUAGUACAGCUACAUGAUGAAAUUUUUUUUUAAAAACACUAUGUUAAAAAUAAAAUAAAAUGACAGUUCUGAAUGUUUUUUGUAAAGAUAGCGAUGAUUUCCUUGUAAAUAUCAUAAAAACAGUUUCACAACAAAGCUAUUGCAUGUGUGUACAUACAAAUCAAUAAAUCAAUUGUCAUCGGCAUUAAACUCGAAAACAGUCAAAGGUACAUUUCAAUGCAAUUAAUGUACAAAAAUUUUCAAAUGCAUUUUCAUUUGACAAAGUAUUUCUAUUUUAUGCAUUAGGUCAGUGUAUUUUUGCAACAUUCUGAGAUUUUUUUUCCAGUGACUUUGUAUGGAUUUAUUUAAUUCAUUAUUUAUUUGAUAUGUGCAUUUCAUUCCUGGAACAACUUCUCAUAUCAUAAUCAUAAAAUGAAAAGGUUGAUGUCAAUGAUAUGUAUCAUUUAAUGAUAAAAUUGUUAUAUAUAUAUAUUAUGUAUUUGCUUCUUGUGGAGAGAGGAAAUAAAAAUAAUUUCAUGGUAA